CUUGAGCGACAGCGAGCCAGGGGUUUGAAACCAGCAGGCAGGUCGGAGAGCGUGAGGUUCAAGCGAAGCAGCCGGACUAGCGAUUAAAUACUAGCGACAGCCUCCGCCGAGACAGAAGCUUUACUCCUUAUUAUUAUUAUUAUUAUUAUUAUCGAUUUCAGAGUUUUCGGUUACGUAGACUGUAUUUUGAAAAUGUGACCCGCUGCGUUCAUACCGGUAAUUGAAGCGGUGCUAGGUGUCAGCCCGGGCUGUCUGCGGUUUGGAAGCGUGCUUCCAGUUUCCCUGCGAUACUGCUUCUUCUUUUUGUCUGUAUAUUUCGAUUUGUUUUCCGUUUCCCGUAUCAGUUGUAAACGCACGCCACUCGUGUGUGUUUUCCUGGGUGGGUGGGUGCGUGUGAGAAUGUUUCCUCUGGACUCCCCGUGGAAUAUCUCCUUCGCUGGCUGCGGGUUUCUGGGGAUCUAUCACAUCGGAGUCGCCAGCUGCCUGCAGGAACAUGCUCCGUUCUUGGUGGAGAAUGCCAAACAUAUCUACGGAGCCUCUGCCGGUGCGCUCACCGCUUCUGCCCUGGUCAGCGGAGCCUGCCUGGGGGAGGCUGGUGCUAACAUCAUCGAGGUUUCGAAGGAGGCUCGGAAGCGCUUCCUAGGGCCCCUGCACCCCUCCUUCAACCUGGUGAAGAUCAUCAGGGGCCACCUGUACAAGACCCUGCCGGCCGACGCGCACCUGCUGGCCAGCGGCCGCCUGGGCAUCUCCCUGACCCGCGUCUCGGACGGGGAGAACGUGCUGGUGUCCCAGUUCAACACCAAGGAGGAGCUGGUGCAGGCGUGUGUUUGCAGCGCGUUCAUCCCAGUGUACUGUGGCCUGAUUCCUCCAACUCUGCAGGGCGUGAGGUACGUGGACGGUGGGAUCACAGAUAACCUGCCACAGUACGAGCUGAAGAACACCAUCACAGUGUCCCCCUUCUCCGGGGAGAGUGACAUCUGCCCUCGAGACCCGUCCACCAACAUCCACGAGCUGAGAGUCACCAACACCAGCAUCCAGUUCACCCUGACCAACCUGUACCGGCUCUCCAAGGCUCUGUUCCCUCCGGACCCCCAGGUGAUGAAGGUCAUGUGCAAACAGGGCUACAAGGACGGCCUGGACUUCAUCAGGAGAAACGGGCUACUGCAGUUCAGGCUUCCUGUGCAGGUCCCCUCGCUGCUGAGUGAGGAGGAGGAGGAGGAGGAGGAGGAGGAGGAGGAGGAGGGAGGGAUGAAGGGAGAGAGGUCCAUGGUUGCUACCAGCUCCAGCAUGGAGGAUCACAUCUUUGAGCACCUGCCUCCCAGACUGCACCAAGCUCUGGUGGAGGCCUGCAGGGAGAGGAGGAGUCUGUUCAGCUCCAUGUCCAACCUGCUGCCGGUCAGACUGGCCUCUGCAAUGAUGCUGCCCUACACCCUGCCGCUGGAGUCUGCUGUGUCCUUCACUGUGAGGUUGCUGGAGUGGCUCCCGGACGUCCCCGAGGAUAUUGAGUGGAUGAAACAGCAGAGUCUCAACGUGCUUCACUACCUGCUGAGGGGCGCCAAGAAGAGUCUGAGUCACCACCUGUCGGCCAGGCUGUCCUAUCACCUGGAGCUGCACCGCUCUCAGUCCCUGCCCCUGCCUGCGGGCUCCGGGGGCUCCAGCGAGCUGCUGCAGGGCUGGGUGCGGAACAACACCUCUGUGAUGGGCCUGAUCCUGAAGGUGGAGGAGUACCAGCGCCAGCUCCUCCCGGGACUGUUGUGCAUCAACCUGGACAUGCAGGCCUCGCUGAGCCACGAGAGGCUGGAGAUGAGACCCCUCAGGCCCUCCCUGCCCCAGGACACAGCCGUGGCUGCCCUUCCGACAGGCACUGCUUAGGACAGACACUGUGCCUGCUAGGACCCCUGCUUCUCUACCCUGGACAGCCUGAAUACCCCUCUUGUCUUCCAAACAGGCACUCUCCUGGAUAGCUAGGCCUUCUGGGGCCCUUCUCUUUAAAUCAGGCACUGCCCUGGACAUCUAUGCUUUGUAGGACCCCUCCUCUUCCAGCGUCUCUGUCUCUUGCUCGCUGCCCUGCACCCACGUCUCUGUCUCUCGCUCGCUGCCCUGCACCCACGUCUCUGUCUCUCGCUCGCUGCCCUGCACCCACGUCUCUGUCUCUCGCUCGCUGCUCUGCACCCACGCCUCUGUCUCUUGCUCGCUGCCCUGCACCCACGUCUCUGUCUCUCGCUCGCUGCUCUGCACCCACGCCUCUGUCUCUCGCUCGCUGCCCUGCACCCACGUCUCUGUCUCUCGCUCGCUGCCCUGCACCCACGUCUCUGUCUCUCGCUCGCUGCCCUGCACCCACGUCUCUGUCUCUCGCUCGCUGCCCUGCACCCACGUCUCUGUCUCUCGCUCGUUGCCCUGCACCCACGUCUCUGUCUCUCGCUCGCUGCUCUGCACCCAUGUCUCUGUCUCUCACUCGCUGCCCUGCACCCACGUCUCUGUCUCUCGCUCGCUGCCCUGCACCCACGUCUCUGUCUCUCGCUCGCUGCUCUGCACCCUACUUUAUUUUUUUCAAGUUGGGGAGAGACUGCAAAACAAAAAGCAGUGUUAGAAUAUCUAUUUAUUGAUGUAAAUAUAUAAGUUGUAUAACACAUUUAGAUUGAGCUUGUGUAUAUUCAGGGUGUAAUGAGAGAUAGAGGGAGAGGGGGUUCAUACUGCGAGAGAGCGAGGGAGAGAGGGGGUUCAUACUGCGAGAUAGAGAGGGGGUUCAUACUGCGAGAGAGAGGGAGAGGGGGUUCAUACUGAGGGGUUCAUACUGCGAGAGAGCAAGGGAGAGAGGGGGUUCAUACUGCAAGAGAGAGAGGGGGUUCAUACUGCGAGAGAGAGGGAGAGGGGGAGAGAGGGUUCAUACUGCGAGAGAGCGAGGGAGAGAGGGGGUUCAUACUGCAAGAGAGAGAGGGGGUUCAUACUGCGAGAGAGAGCGAGGGAGAGAGGGGGUUCAUACUGCGAGAGAGAGGGGGUUGAUUUUAGUCCUUUCAAAAGCAAUCUCUUGAUUUUAGUUUGUUGUGUUUGAUUUGUUGAAUGAAGGAAGUUUAAUUUGAUAUUAAGGAAGUUUAAUUUGAUACAGCCAUCUGGUGUGCUUUGUUUUUGUUUUGUUUUUAGGUGAAAUUAUCAGAUGGCAUUGGUGAUAUACAGAUAAUUAUUUAACUGUAAUAUAGAUAUAUAGACAGUGCCGUGUGAGAUACAAGCUGAUUCUCAGCCAGUAAGCCCACUCCUGGGUAACCAUUCUGUGUCUUGUGUUGUGGGGUGCAGUGAGUACAGCACCCUGGACUCUGUGUGUGUGUGUGCGUGUGCGUGUGCGUGUGCGUGUGUGUGUGUGUGUGUGUGUGUGUACUGUGCUACAAGUCUUUUACACACACGCACACGCACACGCACACACACACCAGGUCAUACACUUCUCUGCAGUUUGAAGGUUGCACAAGAUUCUGUUAAAUGUGAAACGGACAGGUGGUGUUUUGGUUUUUUUUUAAUCUGUACACACACACGUAUAUAUUUAUAUAUUAUAUUUCUUUGUGUUUGAACUAUCUCUGUUACCCAGCUUGAGCACUUAUGUUAAAAUAAAUAAAUAAAAAGAGAAAUUUAAAAAAAAA